GUCUAAAUUGGAAUCGACCCAGGCUUCCAGCUUCCGGAAAUUUGGAUCGCCCCCAGCUCCGCCCCAGCCUCUUCCGGCCCCGCCCCUUCUCAUCACGCGCCGUCGUCAUGACAACCGCGUCCUCUCGCCCACCACUCCCACAAACUCUUAGCGCUCCCAUUGGCUAAAAGUUUGCAACCGGCAGGUCUCCCUCGCUCUCAUUGGUCAGUUGAUAGCGGCGGUGCCAGCCCGCACACUCUUAUUGGCCGACUGAUUGAAAAGGGCGGGGACUAUGGGCAGCAGUUGUGCAGGGGCCUUCGGAUCCCAGCGCCGCACCGAGAGGGGAGGGUGGGGACAUCUAGGGUUAUUUGGAAGGAUAAAGGUGAGGGCGGUGUGAAAGGGGCGAGAAGUCAGCGGAGGUGAGAGGGGAAUGGGUGGGCAAUGCAGACACGAUAUUUGGGGAUUCCCGGGUUGUUUGUCCCGCAGGGCGAUGACCACACCAGCGGGCUCGGGCACUGGCUUUGGCUCUGUGUCCUGGUGGGGCCUGUCCCCGGCGGUUGACCUGCAGGCUGAGAGUCCUCCUGUGGACCCAGACUCACAGGCCGAUACAGAGCACGGGACCCCCGAGCUAAAUGUGCUGCUGUUGGGCUCCGUGGAUGGGCGACACCUGCUACGGACCCUGGCCCGGGCAGCUCUCUGGCCUCGAAGGAGGUUCCGUUUUUAUGUGCUGGAGAAUAAUAUGGAAGCUGUAGCCCGACACAUGCUGAUUUUCAGCCUAGCCCUGGAGGAUCCUGAGAAGAUGGGGUUGCAAGAGAGGAGCGAGACCUUCCUGGAGGUGUGGGGGAACGCGCUGCUGCGCCCCACUGUGGCCGCCUUCGUGCGCGCCCAGGCCGGCCGCCUGGCUCGCCUCGUCCCGGAGCCCGAUCGCCUAGCGGAGCAGCUGCCCUGGCUCAGCCUGGGCGCCCUCAAGUUCCGCGAGCGCGACGCCCUGGAGGCCGUUUUCCGUUUCUGGGCCGGAGGGGAGAAGGGGCCCGAGGCUUUCCCCAUGAGCCGCCUGUGGGACUCGAGGCUGCGCCACUACCUGGGCUCCCGGUACGACGCCCGGCGCGGUGUCAGCGACUGGGACCUGCACAUGAAGCUGCACGAUCGCGGGGCCCGAGUCAUCCACACCAGUGAGUUCCGGCGCUGGAGGGACACAGGAGUCGCCUUUGAACUCAGAGACUCCAGCGCUUAUCACGUGCCCAACCGGACCCUGGCGUCCGGUCGCCUCCUGAGCCACCGCGGGGAGCGCGUAGCAGCGCGCGGGUACUGGGGGGACAUCGUCACGGGGCCCUUCGUGGCCUUUGGCAUCGAAGCGGACGACGAGACGCUCCUGAGGACCAGCAACGGGCAGCCUAUCAAGACCGCGGGCGAGAUCACGCAGCACAACGUGACGGAGCUGUUCCGAGAGAUGGCCGCCUGGGGGCACCCGAGAGCCGCCCAGGGAGACCCCGCGCAGGUGCAAGGCGACGCGGACGGAAGCCCGGAGCCUGCCCCUGUCCCAGAAUCCUUCACUGUCCACUUCCUGUCCCUCGGUUCUGCCCAGACCCUCCACCACAAGAGCUGCUACAAGGGACGGUUCCAGCUUCUCUACGUGGCUUGUGGGAUGGUCCAUCUUCUCAGCCCGGAGCUAGGUGCCUGCUUGGCCCCCGGAGGACGCCUCAUUGUAGAAUUAGCCCAGUUCCUAGUGGACCUGCGGCAGGAGCAGCUGCAGGGGUUCUCCACUCGGGUCGGGGAGCUAGCACAGGCGGCUGGAUUUGCCCCACAGCCGGGGGCCAGGCGCUCGCAGACCUUCGCGCGCUUCUACAAGGCCGGAGACUCUGCUCCCAGCCACGAGGACCCAGCUGUGGGAUCUGGGACUCCGCCCCCUGAAAUCCUAGCUCCGCCCCUUGAGGCAAUCAACCCUCCCCCCGAGGACCUGACCCAGCCCCUUGAAGGCGGGAUCCCACCCUCUUAACCCCUCAAGCGGCCUCAGGCUUCACUGUUGUAGGCCUUGGUUCCACCCACAGGGAGUCAGACCCCCAAACCAGAGAGUCUGACUGUACCUCCAGAGACCAACUCCCCAAUCCCUAACUUCUAAAGUCGGGUCCUAGAAUCAGAACGCGCCUCUAGAAUACUCAAUUAUACUCCCAGCAUUCUCACUCAGCGCCAGAGGUGUCGCUAGAAUUUCAGAAUCCUGGGAUUCUAUAUUUUAUUCCUAGAAUUCUAGAUUGUUCUCUUGAGUUCUACUUUCCACUCCCAAGACUCUAAAACCAGCCUGGAGAUCCGGCCGUGGGGCUCAGGCCUUCUGCGUGGUCCCCUCAUCCCCAGGCAUCGCACUCCUAACUAGGGGCUGGGGGUGUCUCCUCUCACAGGCUGGUCAACACUAGGGCGGUCCAAGUAAAGAGCCAGAUCCUCUUCUCCUUGUGUCCGUGUG